UGGAUGUGGUAUUUGGAGAUGCUGAGCUGGCUCCUUCCCCCUAUGUCCCUGCACACACACAGGGGUGGGUUGCGCGGGCGGCAGAGGGAGGCAGGGCUGGGUGGUGGCGGCGGCGGCUCUGCCACUCCCUGCCUCCCUACCUCGCUGUCCGAGCCGCUCUCGCUACUGGGCUGCUGCCUGCGGCCGGGCGAGGCGGCGGAGCCGGGCCGCGGGGAGCGGGGGCUGCUGCUGCUGUCGGCGGCAGCGGGGAUGAUGGCGGAGGGCGGCGGCGGGGGGCCGCGGCGGAAGGCGCUGUCCCUGCUGGAGGCGGCCCGCUCCCGCUACGAGAGCCUGCAGAUCUCGGACGACGUGUUCGGGGAGUCGGGCCAGGACAGCAGCGGGAACCCCUUCUACAGCACCUCGGCCGACUCCCGCUCCGCCUCCUCCCAGGACGAGGACGAGGAGCAGCUCGCGGCUGCGGAGGGGCCCGUCCCCCGGGGCCGGGGGCGCCGUGUCCCCAGGGCGGUGGCGGCGGAGCGGCAGCAGGUUCCCGGCGGCAGCCCCGGCCCCACGGAGAAGGAGGCGGAAGAGGAGGGGGGCUGGACCCCGACCCUGCGAGACGCCCCACCCCCAGACUUCAAGGAUAGCUUCGGUCCAACCCAUAAAAUGCCCCCAACUGCCAGUGCCAUGGACUUUUUUCAGCUCUUUGUCCCUGACAAUGUACUAAAGAACAUGGUGGUACAAACCAACAUGUAUGCCAAGAAGUACCAGGAGAGAUUUGGCAAAGAUGAUGCCUGGAUGGAAGUCACGCUAACAGAAAUGAAAGCCUUCCUAGGCUACAUGAUCUCAACAAGCAUUCACCACUGUGAGUCUGUCCUCAGCAUUUGGAGCAGUGGCUUCUACAGCAACAAGAGCAUUGCGCUGAUCAUGACACAGCCACGGUUUGAGAAAAUCCUGAAGUACUUCCACAUUGUGGCCUUCCGUUCCAGCCAGAUGACACACGGCCUCUACAAAAUUCAGCCUUUUCUGGACUCUCUGCAGCAUGGCUUUGACUCUACUUUUAGGCCUUCCCAAACCCAGGUGCUACAUGAACCGCUGAUCGAUGAGGACCCAGUUUUCAUUGCCACAUGCACAGAGCGGGAGCUACGCAAAAGGAAAAAGCGGAAAUUCAGCCUGUGGGUUCGGCAGUGCUCAUCUACUGGUUUCAUCUGUCAGAUAUAUGUCCAUCUAAAAGAAGGAGGCGGUGCUGAUGGACUGGAUGCUUUGAAGAACAAGCCCCAACUCCACAGUAUGGUGGCCAAGAGCCUUUGUCAGAAUGCGUCAGGAAAAAACUACAUCAUCUUCACUGGCCCUAGCAUUACCAGCCUGAACCUUUUUGAAGAGUUUGAGAAGCAAGAGAUUUAUUGCUGCGGAUUGCUGAGUUCCAGAAAAAGUGACUGCACAGGCCUACCUCCAUCAAUGCUGCAUAACCCAGAUGCACCUCAGUCCAGAGGGCAGUACAGAAUAAAGAUGAAGGGAAACAUGUCCCUGAUCUGCUGGUAUAACAAAGGGCAUUUUCGUUUUCUCACUAAUGCCUAUUCUCCAAUUCAACAAGGAGUUAUAAUUAAGAGAAAAAGUGGCGAGAUCCCAUGCCCGUUGGCAGUAGAAGCUUUUGCUGCUCAUCUUAGCUAUAUCUGCAAAUAUGACGACAAAUACAGCAAGUAUUUCAUUUCUCAUAAACCAAACAAGACCUGGCAACAAGUGUUCUGGUUUACCAUCAGCAUUGCCAUAAACAAUGCCUACAUCCUCUACAAAAUGUCAGAUGCCUAUCAUGUGAAAAGGUACAGCCGGGCACAGUUUGGUGAGAGACUUAUAAAGGAGAUGCUGGGCUUGGAGGACACCUCACCUUCUCAUUGAUGCAUUAUUCCUUGUGGCUUAGGUAUGGGGUGGAGGGGGAGCAGAAGAGGAGACCACAGCUCUGGAAUGUCAAAGCAGGGAACUCAUGACAUCACCAAUGCCACUCCCUAUAGGAAAAAGACAGUGAUGCCAGUAGAGGGGUGGAGACUUUGUUAAAAGUAGCAGCUGGCUGUUGAGUGUCCUACAGAGAGAGCCACAGAAAGUCAACACACAACUGCAUCUGUGAAUGCUCUGCGGGUACCUGUCCAUCCAAAAAGAUUUAAGUUAGUAGCCAUUAGUCUGCCAUAUCUGUUGAACAGGGUCAUCUUGUAAGGCUUCCAUAGGGCUUAUCACGAGCUUGCCACAAAGGGAUGUAGCUCAGUGGUCCUAUGUGGGCAUUACCAAAACUCUGCCUUGUCUGGAGUUCUUUAACUGUGGGACAAGCAAUGUUGUGUCAUGGAUAACAAUGCCUGACACCUUGUAAGGAAUCAUGACAUGGUUAAAGAGAAACAACAUAUAUGUUCUUCACAAGUAUAUUGACCUGUAACAGGCAAAGACAACAAAGACAGUAACAGUUAAGAACUUUUUUUUUUAUUAGUGUAAGGCAAUCAGAUUGCAGUAUAGGAAUAAAACGUUUAAUUUCCCCCUAAACAUCUUGGAGAACCUUAAAAUAAAAGUCUGAGUGAAAUUUUAAAAAUCAUGGGGAAAGCUGAAUUGAUGCACAUAGUUUAACAAAUAAAUGAGGUAAUACUGCCUGCCACCAUAGCUUCAAUAUUGCUGGUGUGUAGGUGAGAAAUCUCAGUAACAACUAACAACUAUAUUUUCUUUGAUUUCAGUUGUAGCUUCAGGUUCUUCUAAGUGUUGCUUAAGAUCUACCUUAAUGGACUGUUUUACUUAAAUUUCUAUGGAUGUUUUUCAUUUUCCCACUUUUUUUAAAAAAUAUCAAGACAGAUAUUCUUCAUCUUAGAUCUUCAUUUCCUAUUAACACACAUUUGGCAAGCAAAAAUAGUUCACCGAUAGCAGUGCGUUUUGCGUUUUCAUGGUUGGGUGUUCUGUAGGAAUCCUUAGAAUUUGAGAUGCGUCACAGUAGCUGUACUUUUGCAAAUUAUAUGUUUAGAAAAAUAGUGUGUCAUUGUAAAAAACUGUUCAGGUGCAACCAGACGUUGACAUCACUGAAGCAGAACAAAACCCAAAUGCUUUCCUUGUUCUGAGUGAUUUUCUGGAAGCUAGAACCAUUAAGAAUUAGUGCAGCCUAGUGCCACUGGCCAGUAUUGACAAGACUCAUUGGCUGAAUGUUUUCAACACAAUACCGAGUUCACUGCCACCAGGACGCUUCAGUGGGGAAAGCAAAAGGGGAGAGAGGUCUGAUAGCAGGAGGCAAAAACCCAGCGCUGGAGUAAAAUACCUAAUACUAUGCCUUAGUUGGCAGAAAUAGGUGGUAUUUAUUAGCACUCUAUUGAUCUAUCUCAAAGACCAUAUAUUCAAAUAAGCUGCCUAAAGCGCGUCACUGAAAUCCAUUUUCAGAGAUGCUCAGAACCGACCACUCUCAACCUGUGAAAAUCAAGCCCCUCAUUGUAAUGCCUGACUUUAGCCAACCACGUUUGAAAAAUAUUGGUCUAAACUAUCACGUAAAGAUUAGAUGACAUGCUCAUUGUGCCCUGUAACUUCAAAAUUUUGCCAAAAUUUAUUCUGAAGAGUUGGUGCUAGUUACAUAGCUAGAAUUACCAAGAACAGAACAUUGGGAUGAGAUCUGGUUGGAACUUUCAUAAACAGACAGCUUCCCCACAGCAACCGUCUGAUCAGAGCAACCUUCCUUCCUUUGUCUGCAGUGCAAGAACAUUGCUGAGAAAGCAUGUUGGAGGAUUGGGCUCAUCCUGAGUAUCUCCCGUAAAGGUCUGAGUUCCCCAACUCUCACUGAUAUCAAUAAAAAGAAGAACAGGAGUACUUGUGGCACCUUAG